CACACACACACACACACACACAUGAGUGGUGGACACUUCAAAGACUGCGCUGAGGAGAAGGAGUCCAGACGGGACAAGACAGUAGAGUUCGCAUCGCAAAGUUUGGAGAGUCCAGACAUAUCGUCGCCCGGCAGAAGCUUUUAUUUUGUGACCAAAAUUCAAAUUCUGGAGAUUUCGAGACCGCUCGUGACCACACGAGAAGGAUUUGGAAAUGGAAAGAGAACUUUUUGACCAGAAGCAUCGGUGGAAUAUUGUUUCGGUAGCAAAUUCUCUGAGAUCGAGCUUGGAAUAAUCUUCACUUGGCCUGGCCGAUUCCUCCGCACGAGCUACCGACCUCCGAAAUGGACCCCUCGGGCUCCUUGUCUCCACCUUCCCCGUUCACCGUGGGUCCCAAUUUGUCUGUGGCCGCCACCCCGACCCCGACCUCUCCAUCUCCCAGCCUGGCCUCCACUGCUGUCUUCUGCUCCUUCCUCUCCCUGCUCUCCCUCCUGGGCAUCUUAGGGAACCUCUACACUCUGGGCCUCCUUCUGAGGCGCAGGAGAAGCAGGAGGAGAAGCAGAGCGGGACUCAGCUGCUGCUUCACGCAAGUGCCGGCACCCUCCUGCCUUUCCAAUCCGUCCUCGCUCUCGCCCUCCUCCUCUCCCCUGUCCUCUUCCUCGUCCUCCUCCUCUCUUCACCUGCAGGUGCUGAGCCUGGCUCUGGCCGACCUGCUCUACCUGUUCACCGCCCCCUUCAUCGUCUACGACAGCCUGGCGUCCGACUGGGCCUUCGGCGAGCUGGGCUGCCGUCUCCUCCUGAGCCUGGACCUCCUCACCAUGCACGCUUCCAUCUUCACGCUCACCGCCAUGAGCCUGGACCGCUACCGGGCCGUGGCGCGGCCCCUGCACACCUCCUCUUCCAACUCGUCGGGCCUGCUGCGUGUGAGCUUGGCUUGGGGGCUGGCCGUGGCGCUGAGCUUGCCCAUGAUGAUCACCCUGCACCUGGAAGACGGCGAGAACCAGGAGGGCCAGCUGUGCGUGCCGGCGUGGGACGAACAAAGCUCCAAGGCCUACCUGAGCGUGCUCUUCUGCACCAGCAUCCUCGGGCCGGGCCUGGCCAUCGGAGCCCUCUACGCGACUCUUGGCCGACUUUACUGGGUGUCUCAGACCCGGGCCCCGUGGGGUUCCGGCGCUAGUACUGCUUGCCCCGCCCGUGCCCCCAAACCCAAAGUCCUGCUCCUCAUCUUGGGCAUCGUGCUGGCCUUUUGGGCUUGCUUCCUCCCUUUCUGGAUCUGGCAGCUUCUGCCUCUCUAUAAGCCUGACAUGCUGCGGACCGUACCGGUGGGCACUCAGGUGACGGUGAACCGGAUCCUCACGGGACUGACCUACGGAAACUCUUGCGUGAAUCCGUUCUUCUACACGCUACUGACUGGCAAGCGCAGACGCAACCGGCAAACGCUGACGUCGGCAAAUCAGCUCUGCCGCAAGAGCAGCCCGCCGCAGUAGAUACGAUAAUGUGAGCCUUCCUUUGUGUGCUUUCUGACUUAGACACACGUGAAAAAGAAUAGAUACUGAAAAUUCAUCUGGUUUUUUUUUUCUUCAUUAUUCUCAAUAGACACCAAAGAUAAACGAUUUGUGAACUGCGCCAGGCAAAUCGGAGCACUUUGUAAAAGAGUUUUGUAUAAAGUUCGGAAUGAAGAAGGUGGAAAAUAUUUGGGUUGUUUUUAGCCAUGCGAAAAUGACAAUUUGAGUUACAAUUAAAGAAUUUAUCAGCUGCUGAGUAAAAAUAUUGCAAAAGCGUAUCACUGUAGGCGAAUGGGUAUUAUUAUUGUUAUUAUUAUCGUUGUUAUUAUCCCGAACCAAAUCACCCAGCGUAGGAAUGUCAUUUUGUUUGACUGUUUAUUUGUUGAAUGAAAGUUUUGCAUGCGCGCGCAUUUCCAGUAAAAGAAUUGAUGCACUUCUGCUUGUUUUCUGAAAAAUUAAAUACAAAUAUUUUCUUUCUUUUGAAGCAA